GAGAGCCAUUUCCUCCGCGCUCGCAGGAAGGAGCCAUGGCUCUGGACGGGAUAAGGAUGCCAGAUGGCUGCUACGCGGACGGGACGUGGGAACUGAGCGUCCAUGUGACGGACCUGAACCGCGAUGUCACCCUGCGAGUGACCGGGGAGGUGCACAUCGGAGGGGUGAUGCUCAAGUUGGUGGAAAAGCUCGAUGUAAAAAAGGAUUGGUCCGAUCAUGCUCUGUGGUGGGAAAAAAAGAGAACUUGGCUGCUUAAGACACACUGGACCCUGGAUAAAUACGGGAUUCAGGCAGAUGCCAAGCUGCAGUUCACCCCCCAGCAUAAACUGCUUCGCCUGCAACUUCCCAACAUGAAGUAUGUGAAGGUGAAAGUGAAUUUCUCUGACAGAGUCUUCAAAGCUGUUUCUGACAUCUGUAAGACUUUCAAUAUUAGACACCCUGAAGAACUUUCUCUCUUAAAAAAACCCAGAGAUCCAACAAAGAAAAAAAAGAAAAAGUUAGAUGACCAGUCUGAAGAUGAAGCACUUGAAUUAGAAGGGCCUCUGAUCACCCCUGGGUCAGGCACUGAUGUUCUUUACAUUGGCCCUCUGAAAGGAAGUAUAUAUUCAAGCCCAGGACUGUAUAGUAAAACAAUGACCCCCACUUACGACGCUCAUGAUGGAAGCCCUUUGUCACCAACUUCUGCUUGGUUUGGUGACAGUGCUCUGUCAGAAGGCAAUCCUGGUAUCCUUGCUGUCAGUCAGCCAAUCACAUCACCGGACAUCUUGGCAAAAAUGUUCAAGCCUCAAGCUCUUCUUGAUAAAGCAAAAAUUAACCAAGGGUGGCUCGAUUCCUCAAGAUCUCUUAUGGAACAAUACGUGAAAGAAAAUGAGGCCUUGCUGCUCCGAUUCAAGUAUUACAGCUUUUUUGAUUUGAAUCCAAAGUAUGAUGCAAUCAGAAUCAAUCAGCUUUAUGAGCAGGCCAAAUGGGCCAUUCUCCUGGAAGAAAUUGAAUGCACAGAAGAAGAAAUGAUGAUGUUUGCAGCCUUGCAGUAUCAUAUCAAUAAGCUCUCCAUCAUGACAUCGGAGAAUCACCUGAACAACAGUGACAAAGAUGUUGAUGAAGUUGAUGCUGCCCUUUCAGACCUGGAGAUUACUUUGGAAGGGGGUAAAACGUCAACAAUUUUGGGUGACAUUACGUCCAUUCCUGAGCUUGCCGACUACAUUAAAGUUUUCAAACCCAAAAAGCUGACUUUAAAAGGCUACAAGCAGUAUUGGUGCACUUUCAAAGAUACGUCUAUUUCCUGCUAUAAGAGCAAAGAAGAGGCCAGUGGCACCCCUGCUCAUCAGAUGAACCUUCGAGGAUGUGAAGUUACCCCAGAUGUAAACAUUUCAGGACAAAAAUUUAACAUUAAGCUCCUGAUUCCAGUUGCAGAGGGCAUGAAUGAAAUCUGGCUCCGUUGUGACAAUGAAAAACAGUAUGCACACUGGAUGGCAGCCUGCAGAUUAGCCUCCAAGGGCAAGACCAUGGCAGACAGUUCUUACAAUUUAGAAGUUCAGAAUAUCCUCUCCUUUCUGAAGAUGCAGCAUUUAAACCCAGAUCCGCAAUUAAUACCAGAACAGAUCACAACUGACAUAAAUCCGGAAUGUUUGGUGUCUCCUCGGUACCUCAAAAAGUACAAGAACAAGCAGCCAGGCUAUAUAAGAGAUUUGAUAACAGCACGGAUCCUGGAAGCCCAUCAGAAUGUGGCUCAGAUGAGUCUGAUUGAAGCCAAGAUGAGAUUCAUUCAGGCCUGGCAGUCACUGCCUGAAUUUGGCAUCACGCACUUCAUCGCAAGGUUCCAGGGGGGCAAAAAAGAAGACCUUAUUGGAAUUGCAUAUAACAGAUUAAUUCGGAUGGAUGCCAGCACAGGAGACGCCAUCAAAACAUGGAGAUUCAGCAACAUGAAGCAGUGGAAUGUCAACUGGGAGAUCAAAAUGGUCACUGUAGAGUUUGCUGAUGAAGUCCGACUGUCCUUCAUUUGUACUGAAGUGGACUGCAAAGUGGUUCAUGAGUUCAUCGGUGGCUACAUAUUUCUCUCAACGCGUGCAAAAGACCAAAACGAGAGUUUAGAUGAAGAGAUGUUCUACAAACUUACCAGUGGUUGGGUGUGAUUAGAAAUACUGUGUAAUGAAACUCUGUGGCCGUAACAAUAUUUAACUUUAAAGCUGUUAUAUGCUGCUUAAUAAAGUAAGCUUGAAAUUAUCAUUUUAUCAUGAAAAACUUCUUUGCCUUACCAGACUGGUUACUAUGUGCACUAACCCGCACCAUUCUGAAUCUGCUAUCGUGAUGCGACAUGUGGACUCUGGAAGAUGGCACACAUUCCUUAGGGCCAUGAAUUGAAAACCGAAACAGUGAGCAAAUCAGGAACAGACCAUCACUGAGGCACGCUAGUCAAACUAAGAAAAAAGCCAUCAACUAUAAA